AUGGCACCGAAGCGUGCCGCCGCGGCUUCCGCGGCGAGCUCCAGCAGCUCGGAUGGAGGAGCGCUGCAGGAGAAGCUUGUGCGUCUCUUUGAGGAGCUAGACGGUAGCGCCACCAAGGAGGCGCUCGAGGAGCGCAUGUCUGGCACGGCGCCCAAGGGGGCGCUGAUGGCCGCGCUCAACUCGCUGCUCGCCAUCAAGCGCGUCUCCAUCAGCAAGACGGCGGCGGGCGGGCUCGUGUUCCGUCUGCAGUCGGACCAGUCCGCCAAGCGCGCGCGCACGCUCGACGGGCUCACUGCAGAGGACCGGCUGCUGUACCAGGAGAUUGAGCGCGCGGGCAACGCCGGCAUAAAGUCAAAGGACCUGCGCGUGCGCUCCAACCUGCAGCAGCAGCAGGUGGCCAAAGUGCUACGCACGCUCGAGAGCCGCGGGUUGAUACGAUCCGUGAAGUCGGUCGCCGCCAAGAACCAGAAGUUGUACAUGCUCGCGGGCCUCGAGCCGAGCGUGGCGGUCACGGGCGGCGCGUGGUACACCGACGACCAAGAGUUCGAUCACGCGCUGAUCCAAGUGUGGUAUCACUCUGGAGGUGUGGUACACGCAGGCAAGCCGCUCUCGCUCUCCGACGUGGACUCGGUCCUGCAGUCGCUCGUCUUUGACGCGAAGCUCGAGAUCACGGGGCGGUGCGACUUGUCCGGCGGCGGCGAAGGCAAGGAGUACAAGUACCUGCAGUUUGACGGCGCGAGCUUGCUGCCGAUCAAGGCGAGACGACCCCCCGAGAUUCGCCGGGACUACUCCGACGACGAGGCGGCGGAGGAGGGCGAGGAGGUCGAGGCGUUGCUGCGGACGCUAGAGCGGGGGGAGCAGGCUGCGGGACGGCCGAGGGGGCAGGGCGAUACGGCUUUGUAG